AUGGCGCUGCCGCGGGCGCAGCUGCACUGUGUGCCCAGGGAGCAGCAGCAGAGCCAGGAGGUGCUGCUGGAGCUGCGCCUGUGGCACCCCCACACCCUCCCGGGGGGGCUCCCGGGGGUCGCCCUGCACCCCAACUUCCGACAGAACCUGCGCGUGGCCCUGCUGGGGGGGGGCAAGGCCUGGUCGGACGACACGGCCCCGCUGGGCCCGGACCGGCACGCCCGCGACGUGCCCGCGCUGGACAAGUACGCUGAGGAGCGCUGGGAGGUGGUUUUGCACUUCAUGGUUGGGUCCCCGAGCGCGGCCGUCAGCCAGGACCUGGCGCAGCUGCUGGUGCAGGCCGGGCUCAUGAAGAGCGAGGGGGGCGAGCCCCCCUGCAUCACCUCGGCCGGGUUCCAGUUCCUGCUGCUCGACACCCCCGCCCAGCUCUGGUUCUUCAUCCUGCAGUACCUGCGGGGGGCCGAGGUCAGGGGUGUGAACUGGUCGGAACUGGUCCGAACUGGUGGGAACUGGUGCCAGGACUACUCGGUGGAGGGGAUGAGCGAGUCGCUGCUGACGUUCCUGCAGCACCUGCGCGAGUUCGGGCUGGUGUUCCAGAGAAAGCGGAAGUCGCGGCGGUUCUACCCGACCCGGCUGGCCAUCGCGCUGGCCUCAGGGACAGCGGGGACAUCGCUGGGGACAUCGCUGGGGACACUGGGGACAGAGCCCGACGGACACGGCUUCAUCCUGGUGGAGACCAACUACCGCAUCUACGCCUACACAGACUCGGAGCUGCAGGUGGCCCUCAUCGCGCUCUUCUCGGAGCUGCUCUAUCGCUUCCCCAACCUGGUGGUGGCACAGGUGACAAGGGACAGCGUGCAGGCGGCCAUCGCCAACGGCAUCACCGCCGAGCAGGUGACACCAACCAUGUCCCUGUCCCCAUGUCCCUGUCCCUGUCCCCAGAGCCCGGUGCUGCCCCCGACCAUCACGGACCAGAUCCGGCUCUGGGAGCUCGAGCGGGACCGGCUGCGCUUCUCGGAGGGUGUGCUGUACAACCAGUUCCUGUCCCAGGUGGAUUUCGAGGUGCUGCGGGACCACGCCCGCGCCCUGGGCGUGCUGGUGUUCGAGAACCCCGCGCGGCGCCUGAUGGUCGUCACCCCCGCCGGCCACCCCGACGUCAAACGCUUCUGGAAGAGGCAGAAACACAACGGCUGACCCCAAAAACUACAAAAUCCCGGAGUUUGGGGUCCCCAAAAACCCCAAAAUACCCGAAAUCCCGGAGUUUGGGGUCAAGAAUAUCCAAAUUUGGGGUUACUGGGGCACCCCGACAUCAAACGCUUCUGGAAGAGGCAGAAACACAACGGCUGACCCCAAAAACCACAAAAUCCACAAAAUCCCGGAGUUUGGAGUCCCCAAAGACCCCAAAAUACCCAAAAUCCCAGAGUUUGGGGUCAAGAAUAUCCAAAUUUGGGGUUACUGGGGCACCCCGACAUCAAACGCUUCUGGAAGAGGCAGAAACACAACGGCUGACCCCAAAAACCACAAAAUCCACAAAA